AUGAGUGUUGUUUUCAAAAAGGAUGAAAGCGUUGAGAACGAAGAUGUAUGGGACGACACUGAGCUAAUCAAGAUGUACGAAGAUUCUGUCAGUGCAACCUACAGCAAACUUGGAGGCGCAGCUACAUCGAAGAGCUGGUCUGUAGGCGAUUCCUGCUUGGCUCGAUAUAGCGAUGAUGAUCUCUUUUAUCCGGCAAAAAUUUUGGAAAUACGUGAACAGAAAGGACCCUGUACGGAGUAUCUAGUUCUUUACGAAGGUUAUGGCAACUCUGAGUGGGUGUCGGCAGAUGAUCUCAUGGUAGCUUCGAGCGAAGAAGGUUCACAAGACGAUGGUAAUAUCACUAUGGAUAGUGCUCCGGACGACACGCUUGUUACAGAAUCUGUGAGGGUCACCAAAGUCAAAAGAGAACGUCCGUCUCGAAAAACACCAAGCAGUUCAAGUAGGAACGGUCCAACGCGUCCGCAUCCCUCCAUCCCUUCAAUAGCUCCGCCUCCACCCAUGGUGAUGCCCAGGCUAGCGGUUCCGGAUGAGGCGGAGGCGUUGUCAAGUAUGCUCAUGGCUUGGUAUAUGAGCGGCUACCAUACGGGAUAUUACCAGGCUAUCAGGGACAUGAAUGCCAACAACUGACUGUUAUCCCUUCGAUUUUAUUGUUUUGUUCGUCGUUUUAUUCACUUAUGAUGGAGUCUUACACAAUAAAGUUUGAUCUUGUAUCUCGUUUGUAGUAACAAUGAAGUAAGAG